GCUCUUUCUGCUAUUCUCAGCUCUUUUAUUAGUAAACAUUGGCAUUGCAAAAACUUCUAGGCAACUUUAGACGCUCCAAAGCGUUUGCAGCUUCAAGUGGAUCCUUCUCUUGGAGAGGUUUUUAUUGAUAACAAUGCGGAAAGAAAGUGCAUCAGAGAGCAGCUAAAAAGAACAGGCUUAUAGAUGAGGGGACGGUGGAACCAUCUCUCGCGGCGCGAAUGAAACGUCGGAAAAGAAACAUGGCAGCCUACAGGAGAUCGAAGGGGAAUGUUCCGCGACAGUUUCAAAUAUUACAAAAGCCGAAAUCCUGUCCCCGAUCUCGGCAACGUGAUCGAUUUCGAUCAUCUGGAUCGCGUCAGAGUUAGAUAUGUCAAACCUCAAGUAACAAUUGGCGAACAGCUUGAGAAUAAUUUUGGACUGCAACCCGCAGAAAAAUGGAAGAUCUACGAAUUGCUGGAUAUUCCUGGACUCAUUUUUAUUCGGAAUCCGUUCACGUCAAGUGGUCAACGAUAUUGGAUCACAAAAUGUCUGAAAGAUUAUUCCAGAAAGCCCUACAAGCUGAAUAUAGAUGCCCACAAUGUUUUGAAUAACGACACAUGGUGGAACAUAUGUUUCCAGUCUUCCGAGAGAGCCAGAACUCUCCUACCAAAACUAAGAUGGGCGACGCUGGGUUAUCACCACAAUUGGGACACCAAAUUGUAUUCCGAGAGCUCCAAGAGCGACAUGCCAACGGAGCUGACGGAUUUAACAUCCGCCCUAGCGAAAGCAUUAGGUUUCACCGACUUCAAGGCGGAAGCGGCGAUCGUGAAUUACUAUCGAAUGAAUUCGACUCUCGCGGGUCACACGGAUCACUCGGAGGUGAACGUCGCGGCGCCGCUGUUCUCCGUGAGCUUCGGCCAAACGGCGAUUUUCCUCAUCGGCGGACCCAAACAAGAGGAUCCGGCCGACGCAAUGUUUCUACGGAGCGGCGACGUCGUGAUAAUGUCCGGCAGUUCGCGUCUACGAUAUCACGGUGUCCCGAAGAUUUUAGCGACCUCCGAGCCGCUGCCGUGGAACGACGCUUGUGACGAUAAUUCGGACGAUAUCGCGUACGACCGCGACGAUUGGCGCAAAGCGCGCAUUUACAUCGCCGAGGCUAGAAUCAAUAUAAACGCACGGCAGGUUUUGAAACCUGGACAAAUUAUAUUAUAUUGACAUCGUCGUUAAAUUCUGUAUAAGUCUCUCAGGGUCGAUUUUUUAAUAGUAAAAUUUAAAUUCUAGUUAGAUGUUCAACAGUAAAAACAAUAGAAAAAUUAGGUUUAAACUCUAUAUAUAUUAGAUACUUUAGUAGAACAGAACUUAAACCUUAAUCUAAGUUUAAUUACUAUUGAAAAAUUGAUUGUCAUAAUUGAGAACUAAUCGACUCUGCUUCUUAUAAAUUUUUUAAUUUUGAGAGAAGUUAAAAGAGCUAAUUAGAAAUUUAAAUUAAUUUCUUUUUAUAGUAAUUUAAACCUUGAUUUAUGUUUAUGUGUAUAUGUGUGUGUCAACUCUGCUCGACACAUCAAAUAUUUUAUUAGAACAAAGUUAAAAUUAAAAAUAAAAUUGAAAUCAAGUUUGAGUUACUACUGAAAAGUUGAUCCUCAGAAUUGAGAAUUGAUCGACUCUAUUUCUUGUAAAUUUGUUAAUUUUGAGAAGUUAAACUUAAGUUCAUUUCUUUCAAUAGUAAUUUAAAUUUAAAUCAAAGUUUAGACUAUCACUGAAAAAUUAUCAAUAGACAACUGAUCAAUUUUGUUUCUUGUAAAUAUGCUGAAAACUACAGAAUAGAUUUAUAUAAUAAGAAACCAAGUGCUUUUAGUUUCUUAUAUAAAUUUAUUCUGUAGUUUUCAACAACAAAAGUUGAUUGUCAGAAUUGAAAAUUGAUCGACUCUACUUCUUGUAAAUUUGUUAAUUUUGAGAAAUUAAGCAUAAGUUUAAGUUAAUUUCUUUCAAUAGUAAUUUAAAUUUAAAUCAAAGUUUAGACUAUUACUGAAAAAUUGUCAAUAGACAACUGAUCGAUUCUGCUUCUUGUAAAUAUGCUGAAAACUACAGAAUAGAUUUAUAUAAUAAGAAACCAAAUACCAGCAAUAUGCUUAGUUCCUCAUUAUAUAAAUCUAUUCUGUAUUCCAACAACAAUGUCAUUAUUGUUACGUUAUCAUUAUGUAUGUAUAAUAUUUGGUAGACAAACUGCAUAAUUGACAACGACACUGUUUAUUGCUACAAAAAUUAAAAAAUUUUCGAAAAAUCCUACAAGAGAGAAAGAUUUACACUACAAGAGAGAGAAAAAGAGAGAGAAUAUAUAUGUCUGACAAUAAAAUCUAUUCUUUACAUA